AUGCGAUACUGGGACGGGCAGUCGCCGCGCGGUCCGUGGCCAACCUUGGACGCGCGGCACGCGGAGGGCGAGCGGGCGCAACCGCCGCCGCCGCCGGCGCGGCACUUCCCACCGACUGGCCCCAAGAAUGAGAGAGCAAGGCAGUGCUGUGUGGACUCCGCGCAACAUGUAUCCGAUGACGAAAUGGCGAACAAGGAUCAGUCCACAUCCCUGGAAGACAGGCUUGCCAAAUUGAGGAGUGGAUCCUCUGGUAUGGCUUCAUCAAUGGGGGAGUUGGAGAGCAUAAAGUACAACAGGAAGAUGAUGUCAUGUGUGAAAGAGAGGCUGGCUGCCUCACGGAACAGAGACAAGCCCAGGGGAGCUGUGGAAGUCCCCAAAGACACUACCAGCUCAGAAUUCGAACGCAGGAGGAAGCAGCUCCUGGAAACUCCCACCAGACCGACGAGAGACACCAAGGUGUCCAGACUGUGUAGAGCCCGGGAGGAGGUUGCCACCAUAUGCCGAAUGAUAAAGAAGAUCACACGUGCAUGGGACGUGGAGUUGACGAUCGACACCCUCAUACCAGGGAGGUACAGUGCAGAAGAUGAGCAGUACCUCCAGAAGCUGCUGUCGUACAUCCUGCGGGGGGAACACUGCAACCUGGGGGACGAUCUGCUGCUGGAAGACUGGGAUGAAAUAAGGCACCACCUCUUGAAGGGUCUGCAGGUCAUCAGCGAUGGGGAGGAAGCCAAGGACAGGAUGUCAGCCCCUGGAGAGGGAUCCACCUACAAGGCAACAAUGGUGCAAAACAAAAUUGUUGUGAAGAAAGUCUACAAGGGAUAUGGAUAA